ACAAUGCUCCACAUGGUGGCUGCGACUCGCCAGAGGAACAAGAAGAAGAGACACAACAACGAAGAUGGCGUGUUGUGGGAACUGUGUUUGUUGCCGGUGUUGCUGCAGAGAAGGAGAGGCUCGGACUCCAGAAGAACUGACAAUUCUUGGGGAAAUUCAAGAGGAAGAAGAUGAGAUUCUACCGAGGAAAGACUAUGAGAGCUUGGAUUAUGACCGGUGCAUCAACGAGCCCUACGUGGAGGUUCUGGAGGGGACUGACAACAGGAAAGCCAGAAAGUACGAAGCAGUACGGUGGAUGAUGGUGUUCACUAUUGGAGUCACAGUGGGUUUGGAGAGAUCUGCAUGUCUGUAUCGUAUGCAGGGGGCGAAGCCAGCUCUUGUAGAACUGAUCCGUGUGGCGAUAGCAGAGAGUGAACCAGUCAAAAGUCUGGAGACAACGCUCGUGGCCACUAGUGUAACAAAUGCUUUGCAAGUGGGGCUGUUUGUGGAUUUCUUUGUACAUCUCUUCACCAAAAUCAAAUUUUCUCUGGUUGGUGAUUCUGUAGAGAAGUGUAGCAACACAGGCUGUCUCCCUCUGUCUCUGCUGGAGCUCCUGGCAUUCAACAUGACGUUUGUCUUCAUUGCCAGUGUGCUUGUCCUCAUCGAGCCAGUUGCUUCCGGUUCUGGGAUACCAGAAAUUAAAAGUUACCUGAAUGGCGUGAAAAUCCCUGGAAUUGUCCGGCUGCGAACUUUUCUGUGCAAGGCUACUGGAGUUCUGUUCAGUGUGGCUGGAGGUCUGUUUGUUGGGAAAGAAGGUCCGAUGAUACACAGUGGAGCCAUUGUGGGAGCUGGCCUUCCUCAGUUUCAGAGCAUCACCUUCAAAAGGAUCAAAUUUGAUUUUCCCUAUUUCCGCAGUGACAGGGACAAGCGUGACUUUGUGUCAGCUGGGGCUGCUGCCGGAGUAGCUGCUGCCUUCGGUGCUCCUAUCGGUGGCACCCUUUUCAGUUUAGAGGAGGGCUCCUCCUUUUGGAAUCAAGGCCUCACCUGGAAAGUGCUCUUCUGUUCCAUGUCGGCCACUUUCACCCUCAACUUCUUCCGUUCCGGGAUCAACUUUAACAAGUGGGGCUCCUUCCAGCUGCCUGGUCUGCUCAACUUUGGAGAGUUUAAGUGUCCAGAUGGAGAUAAGAACUGCCACCUGUGGACAGCUGUGGACCUGUCCAUCUUUGUCCUGAUGGGGGUGGUGGGCGGCUUGCUGGGGGCUCUCUUCAACUGCAUGAACAAAUGCCUGGCAAAGUAUCGCAUCAGACACAUCCACCCCAAGGCCAAGUAUAUCAGAGUUUUAGAGAGCCUGCUGGUUUCCAUGGUGACAACUGUGGUGACAUUUGCAGCUUCCCUGCUGUUGGGUGAAUGUCGUGACCUGUCCUCCCCCACGUCUCACAACACCACACUCUCUGGCAGUGAGGAUGUCAAUUCAACCAUCCGACAGUUCUUCUGUAGCAAUAAGACCUACAAUGACAUGGCCACGUUGUUCUUCAACCCACAGGAGGUGGCCAUCCACCAACUCCUCCACCAGAAUGGUACCUUCAGCCCUGUGACACUGUCAGUGUUCUUCCUGCUGUACUUCCUGUUGGCUUGUUGGACCUAUGGUGUGUCUGUACCCAGCGGCCUCUUUGUCCCCUCAUUGCUCUGUGGGGCGGCGUUUGGACGUCUGGUUGCCAACAUCCUAAAAGUGAAACUAGGAAUGGACGUCUACCCAGGCACCUUCGCUCUCAUCGGGGCCGCCGCCUUUCUCGGAGGCGUGGUCAGAAUGACCAUCAGCCUGACCGUCAUCCUCAUUGAAUCGACCAAUGAGAUCACAUACGGGUUGCCCAUCAUGAUCACUCUAAUGGUUGCCAAGUGGACUGGAGAUUUCUUCAACAAGGGCAUCUAUGACAUUCACAUUCAGCUGAGAGGAGUUCCACUGCUGGAGUGGGAGACUGAGGUCGAGAUGGACAAACUGACAGCGAGUGAUAUCAUGGAGCCCAACCUGACCUAUGUGUACCCCCACACCCGAGUCCAGUCCCUAGUCAGCAUCCUGCGCACCACCGUCUACCACUCCUUCCCUGUGGUCACUGAAAACAGGCAGAAUGAGCGGGACUUCAUGAAGGGCAACAUCCUGGUCAGCAACAACAUCCACUUCAAGAAAUCCAGUGUUAUGUCCCGUGCGGGGGAACAGCGACGACGCUGCCAGUCCAUGAAGUCAUACCCAUCCAGCGAGCUGAGGAAUGUUUGUGAUGAACAGAGUGCUGUGGUAGAGCCUGCAGAAGAGAGGGAGGACCUGCUGCAGCAGAUGUUAGAGAGGAGACAUGCUCCCUACCCCAACCUGUACCCGGACCAGUCUCCCAGUGAGGAGUGGACCAUGGAGGAGCGCUUCCGACCACUCACAUUCCACGGCCUCAUCCUACGCUCGCAGCUCGUCAACCUGCUCAUCAGAGGGGUCUGCUACGCUGAGAACCAAUCAUGUGCCACUCAACCCAGGUUGUCGUAUGCAGAGAUGACUGAAGAUUACCCCCGUUACCCUGACAUCCAUGAUCUGGACCUCGCCCUCCUCAACCCCCGCAUGAUAGUGGAUGUCACCCCCUACAUGAACCCGAGUCCCUACAUAGUGUCACCCAACACCCGCGUCUCCCAAGUGUUCAACCUGUUCAGGACCAUGGGCCUGCGACACUUACCGGUGGUCAAUGCUGUUGGUGAAAUUGUUGGAAUAAUCACAAGACAUAAUUUAACGCACGAGUUCCUUGUGGCCAAACUGCGACAGCACUACAUCACUUUUUGAUCCUACUCUACUAUCCAAGCUCAAUUAAUGCUGGCUCUGAGUUUUUGUCUCUGUCCAUUCUGAAAAGCAUUUCCAAAAACAUGCAAGGCAUUUACAACCAGUUUACAACCAUACACACAUUCUUUGAAGUACAGUGGGGAACCCACUUGUCCCAUAAGUAAAAAGUCUUACAUUUUCGGUGUUGAGGAAUUGUCUGCCAUCUUCCAGCCUAGUCACGUAUUCUGCACCCUAAUUUAACAGCCACUGUCAUAGAAGGAAGACGUGAUAGACCAAACCACAGAAGUAACAUUACCUGACUGUGAAUUAGAUGACACUUGUACAACAACCUACCAAAAUGAAAUCCUAACUACCUUCACAAUCUUUAUUUUUUUUUUUUAUUACCUUUUGAUACUUUAUCAUUAUUGUCACUGCGGCACUUUUCUUUCCGACCGUCUUCUGUUCGUGCACUAAAAGGGGCCAACUGUCCCUCACAGUCUGUAAUUAGACUUGACAAGUGUUUCUUUGUUAGACAAGUGUUUCUUAGAUUUUUUUGUGGCCAUGCUAGUUCGUUCCAGGUUGGACAUUCAGUCACAUUUCUAACCAAUUCAGCAAUAUGUAAAUACAUAACAAUAGUUUUGCAGUUAUGAUAUGUCAGUCAGUUAUUGUUGGAAUGUGCCAGGGCUCCAAUGACUUUCUCAUAUUAUGUUUACCAAGGUUUUGGUUUGUAAAUUGAGAUUCAAAGGACUGGAUUUGCAGAAUAUUUUGCAGAAAUACUGUUUUAUUGAAAAUAUUUUAUGUAGUACCCUACUGGUACUUUUUAUUGAUGGUCCACCGUAUGUCAGGUUGUGGUGACCAUGAUGGCAAAUAUAAGUACGUUAAACAUCCGUAUUUGUUUCUUUUCUUUGCGGUAUAUUUUAUUUCAGAUUAUUUUUAUACAAUUUGAUUUUGAGGAUUUGCUGCCUGUGCUCACAGAGAAUCGAUAGAAUCACAUUGUUAAAUGGACCUAGGUUGUCCUGGAGAAUAUUACUGUUUAAGCAUAGCUCACUUGUAAUUUUAAAAUCAUUUUUAUGUUACCCAUUUCAAUUACUUAAUUCCCAGGUUAGGUGGUGUGCAGAAUAUGAGAUUAAGAGAAACAGUGGAUGUUUGAUAUGAUUUCAAAAGAGACUGAGACAUUUAGCCCUGUGCUUGUUUAGGGAUUCAUAUUUCCUACAAAUGAAGAGAACUCGCACAGGGAAAGAAUUCAACAGUUAUGGAACAAAGAACUGAACUUUGUCUUUUGCCUUUAUUAUUAUUAUUCAAAUAAAGGUGCUUCUUUUUUGUCAAUCAUAAAAA